CGCUCAGCACAUCGCAUCACCACCAACACCACAGCAUGGAUCCGCAGACGCAACCGGUGCGGGCCGACGACGAGCAGGCGAUGCGCGACAAGGCGUAUCCGCCGCUCGAUGACCUCGAAGUCGACUGCGAGUCGAUGUCUGUCUGGAAGAUCGAGAGCUGGAAGAAGCUCGACAAGAGACUCCACUCCCCGGCCUUCGACCUCGGCGGCUUCUCCUGGAAGCUCCUCCUCUUCCCGGCAGGCAACCAGGGCAAUUCCCUCAACCAGAUCGAGAACGUCUCGCUCUACAUCGAGUGCUCGCCGCCCGUGGCCGACUCCGACACCGACAUGGCCGACUCCGACGCCGGCCAGUGGGCGGUCUGCGCCCAGUUCGGCCUCGUCAUGGCAAACCACAGAGACCCCUCCGUCUUCACCCUCCAUCAGGCCUCCCACAGAUUCACCCCGGAGGAAAAGGACUGGGGCUUCACAAAGUUCUACGAGCUCCGCAAGCUCGUCCAGAAAGUCGACGGCAAGGAUCUCCCCAUCCUCGAGGACGACAAGGUCGACAUCUACGCCUACGUCCGCAUCAUCAAAGACCCCACCGGCGUGCUCUGGCACAACUUUAUCAACUACGACUCCAAGAAGGAGACCGGCUACGUCGGCCUCCGCAACCAGGGCGCCACCUGCUACAUGAACUCCCUCCUGCAGUCCCUCUACUUCACCUCCAUCUUCCGCCGCGCCGUCUACCAGAUCCCGACCGCGACCGACGAGCCGACCGCGUCCGUCCCGCUCGCCCUCCAGCGUGCCUUCUACCUCCUGCAAUCCUCCCCCGCCCCCGUCGGCACAAACGAGCUCACCCGCUCCUUUGGCUGGGACACCUCCGAGGCCUUCACCCAGCACGACGUCCAGGAGUUCAACCGCGUCCUCAUGGACAAUCUCGAGGGGAAGAUGAAGGGCACCGCCGUCGAGAACGCGCUCACAGAUAUUUUCGUUGGACAGAUGAAGUCUUUUGUAAAGUGCAUCAACGUCGACUUUGAGUCCUCCCGAUCGGAAGACUUUUGGGACAUCCAGCUCAACGUCAAGGGUAUGAAAGAUCUGCACGAGUCUUUUAAAGACUACAUCCAAGUCGAGACCCUCAACGGCGAGAACCAGUACCAAGCCACCGGAUACGGCCUGCAAGACGCCGAAAAGGGCGUCAUCUUCCAGUCCUUCCCUCCAGUCCUCCACCUCCAGCUCAAGCGCUUCGAAUACGACUUCAACCGAGACAUGAUGGUCAAGAUCAACGACCGCCAUGAGUUCCCGCUCGAGAUCGAUCUGAGUGAGUUUCUCGAACCUCAGACCGACAGAUCCGAGCCAUGGGUCUAUGUCCUCCAUGGCGUGCUCGUGCAUUCCGGUGACCUCAACGCAGGGCAUUACUACGCCCUUCUAAAGCCCGAGAAAGAGGGCGACUGGUACAAGUUUGACGACGACCGAGUCACGCGGGCAACCCUCAAAGAAGUUCUCGACGAGAACUACGGCGAGGACCUGAAAGACAGCAACAACAACAGCAACACAAACGGUCUUGUGGGUCACUACCCCAUGCGUCAAUUCAACAAGUUCUCGCUCAAGCGCCACUCGAACGCCUACAUGUUGGUCUACCUCCGAAAGUCGCGAGUCGAUAACCUGCUGGCGCCCUUGAAGGAAGAAGACACUCCACAGCACAUCUCUGAGAGUCUCGAGCGCGAGCAGCGCGAGGAGGAAGCCAGACGGAAAGAACGCGAGGAGCAGCAUCUGUUUAUGCACGUCUUGGUCAUGAGCACCCGACAGUUUGUCAACUACCACGGCGUCGACAUCGGAGCCUGGGGCUUAGCCGGCAGCGACGAGCCCAACAACGAAGUCGCGCCCGAGGCGCGUCCGAUGCUGUUCAAAGUCCGCAAGACGUCUACUCUGCGCGAGCUGCGGGACCAGAUCGCAAAGGACCUCGCGAUCGAGAACCCUGCCGCGCUUCGGUUCUGGCUGAUGGUCAGUCGUCAGAACAAGACAAUCAGACCUGAUCUACCGCUUCUGGACUCUGUGCCGCGCUCGCUCAAGGAGGUGAGAGACAAGCACUCUGCGCAGUCGAUGGAGAUGACGCUGUGGAUGGAGGAGGCGACCACCGAUCCCGAGACCGGGGCGCUGAUUCCGUGCCAAGCCGGCGGCAACGCGAGCUCGGCCAAGAUUCUCAUUUUCCUAAAGUACUUUGAUCACCACAGUCAGUCGAUAACAGGAAUCGGAUGCGUGACUGUGGGGAAAGAAGACAAGCUUUCGGUGCUGUAUUCGUAUAUCUGCAAGACUAUGAAGUGGGCGCCAAAUACAGCUAUUGAUUUGUUUGAGGAGAUCUCGGCGACUAUGGUCGAUAGCCUUGAUUCCAAAAAGACGUUUUCGGGUGUCGAGAUCCAGGAUGGCGAUAUUAUAUGUUUCCAAAAACGGCUGCCAGAGUCUGAGCUCGCCACUAUUCACGGCUGUCAUGAUGCCAAGUCAUACUACGACUUUCUCCGCAACCGUAUACAGAUUCUGUUCAAGCCGCGGUUCGCACACAUGGCGAUCCAAGAAGAAUUCCAACUCUACCUCUCUCUAAACGACAAAUACAACCAAAUCUCCGCCAAAGUCGGCAAGCAUCUCAACGUGGACCCUACGCAUUUGCGGCUGUGCGCGACGCACACCAGCGGAGCGCUCAAGGCGCCGAUUAAAGCGUCGACGUCGCUUUCGCUCAAGGAGUUGCUCGGGCCGGUAUACGCCCAGGUUCUGUCACAUACGAUGUACUACGAAGUUCUGGAUGUUGCGUUGCUGGAGCUGGAGUCGAUGAAGGCUUUGAAGCUGACGUGGUUGACUGAUGGCAUCACGAGCGAGCACCAUUACGAUAUCCUGGUGCCGAAGAACGGGACGAUGGUCGAGGUUUUGCAGGUGUUGAAGCAGAAGGCCGGGUUGUCGGACGAGGUGGCUUCGAGGGUACGCUUCUACGGCGCGAAUAUCAACAAGAUUCACCGGCAAUUCCCACCGGAUUACUCUGUGCUGUCGAUCCUUGACUCGACGCAGUUAUACGCUGAGGAGUUACCCGCGGACGAAGUCGAGCGGAAGGACAAGGAGAAGCUGAUCACCGCCUUCCAUUUCCAAAAAGAAGCGAACCGCACGCACGGCAUUCCCUUCUUCUUCACGCUCAAACCCGGUGAGAAAUUCGCCGAUACCAAAGCGCGACUGCAGGAGCGCACGGGGAUCAAAGACAAGCAGUUUGAGAAGAUCAAGUUCGCGCUCGUGCAGCGCGCGUCGUAUCCGAAGCCGCUGUAUUUGGAAGACGAGAUGGUGGUCUAUGAUAUGGCGGAGAAAGACGACGAGCUGGGAUUAGAUCAUCUGGACAAGACGACGUAUAAGAACUUGCGACAUGAGCAGCGGGCUAUAUUCAUCAAGAAUUAGGGUCAUUUUUUUUUUAUUUAUUGAUUUGUAGUUAUUUUAUUGAGUGAGGCAUGAGUUGUUUUUUUUUUGUCUAUUGUUGAUUUUUAGGCAUAAAGUACCUUUUUUGUGUUUUUGUGUGUCUGUCUGAUU